UAUUUUUAAAAACCGAUCGGAGCUUUUCACCCUGGGCUGAAACGGCUUUUUUCGUGCAGAAAAUCGAAGAGGUGGUUCUUCCGAUGAGAAUUAAUGCAAAUAUAUGAAGGUUACAUGGGUUUUGGUCGCCUUGAAAGCCCACGGUAUAUUUGAUUUCCCUUUUAGAGAGCUCCGCUUCUCGCCGUAUCUCCGUCCCGAGACGCUGUAUUUACCGGGAGACAGCGACGAGAAAAAUAAUUCACUUCAUAGAAAAUAUUUUUCGAAUUUUGCUCUUUUUAUUUCAGCCCAAAAUUGAUUUUAGGGUUGCUCAUUUCGACUGCGAAAAAAUGAUUCUGUACAGAUGUGAAACCGGCGAUCUGUGGAGAACGGGAUUUGCUUACGCUUUGUGUAAUAUUUUAUGAUUGAAAUUUAUUUAUUUAUCUCGAACAUAAAUAAUUUUUGGACGUAAUUAUUAAGAAUAAUUAUGUGGGUGUUGGGUGUUGGAUUAUCAUGGGGUGAUCUUCGACGGCGAAGCGUGGCGCUGUUGCCUUUCUUUUGAAAUCCUUUCUCCAGGCAGCAUUUCGCCAGUCUGCCAGGCAAAGAAGAAGAAGAAAAACAUUUAAAUAGCUCUUUUACGCGCAAAAUAGGAAAGGUUACCAGUUGUUACGAGUCAAAGACCGACAAGUUGGAGCGAUCCUGCUGUUAUUUUCCUGCAUCAUCAUCAUCAUUCAUUCAUAAUAUUAGCCGACCAGGAUGGCUGACAAUCUGCUGGAUGUCGGACCCCCCACUGCAAAGCGACCCAAGCUCAAUUCCCCUCUCUCAGGAUCAGAUGGCCCAGAUCUUGUGUCUCUGUUUGACCUGGAAAAUGACCUUCCAGAUGAACUCAUCCCCAAUGGAGACCUGGGAAUGGGAAUGUCCUCUAAUGGUGGCCCAGGUGGAGGCGGACCUGGUCUUAACUCCAUUGUUCCUGAUGCAGCUGCCAAACACAAGCAGCUGUCUGAGCUCCUGCGACCAGGAAGUUCCUCUGUCUUGGGAGGGGGUCUAAACUCUGCUGGCCCCCAACAGGGAGGCAUGGUGGGAAGCCAGCUAGGUGCUGUCCUAGGUAAAAGCUCACUGGGGCAGGGCUCCCCCAGCCACCAGUCUCCCCAGGCCCAGAAAGGAAGUGUUGCUGGACAAGGCAAUGGAGGUGCAGGCAUGGCCUUUAACCAGGCCAUGUUGAACAGUGGGCAGGCUCAUGGGGUCAUGAGCCAAACGGGACAGGUGAUGAACGGGGCUCUGGGACCGGCAGGCCGGGGAAGACCUGGGCCUGGCAUGCAGUAUCAGACCCAAGGCAUGCAGGGGGCACAAGUGGGUGCUGGACCUGGUGUUGGAGGCAGUGUGCUGGCAGAAACACUCACCCAAGGAGGGCCACAGUUGGGUGCACACAACACAUUGAAUGCUCAGCAAGCUGGAAACCUGAAUAAGAUGGGGAUGUCGGGAGCUCAGUUUGGCCAGCAGUAUGGUCAGACUGGGGUGCAGCAGAUGGGGUCAGCGGGUGUCACCGCCCAACAACUCCAGAACAAGACAGUCCUUUCAAACAACCUGCCCCAAUUCCCUGCUGACCUUAAGCUGACUGUGCCAAACAUGUCACAGAUGCAGCAGCACGUGGCAUCAGUGGGCAUGGUCCCUGUGGCUGGUGGCGUGGCAACAGGUCCGACGGCUGACCCUGAGAAACGCAAACUCAUUCAGCAGCAGCUGGUCCUGCUGCUCCAUGCGCACAAGUGCCAGCGGCGGGAGCAGGCCAACGGGGAGAUGAGGGCCUGCACUUUGCCCCACUGCCGCACCAUGAAGAACGUCCUCAACCACAUGACCCACUGCCAGGCUGGCAAGUCCUGCCAGGUUGCUCACUGUGCAUCAUCCAGACAAAUUAUCUCCCACUGGAAGAACUGUACGCGGCAUGACUGUCCAGUCUGCCUACCUCUGAAGAAUGCCAGUGACAAGAGGAACCAGCAACCCAUGCUUAAUUCCCCUGGGACUGGUCUGCAGAACGCCAUCAGCACAGUUGGACCUGGCCAGCCCAGUGCCACAGCCAUAAACAGCGCUGCCACGCACAUCGACGCCAGCUCCAUGCAGAGGGCCUAUGCUGCCCUUGGCCUGCCAUAUGGGAACCAGUCCCCUGCUCAGGUCCAGGGGCAGGGCCAGGGUCCAGUUCAGCAGAACCCCCAGGGCCCCCAGCACCAGCAGAUGCGAAAUCUGAACCCACUAGGCACUAAUCAAAUGAACCAGAUGGCAGGAGGCAUGGGUGUUCCCUCUUCAGACCAGACCGGGAUGCACUCCGACUCCUCUUUACCCUCCACACUCAACAAUCAGCUGAUGCCAGAUGGGUCAGUAGCAGGAGGCAUGGGAAACCUGCCCGCUACUACCCCUCUCUCUGUUACGGGGGUAAGGAAGGCCUGGCAUGAACACGUCACUCAGGACCUGCGCACCCACCUAGUGGACAAACUAGUACAAGCCAUAUUCCCCACCCCAGACCCUGCAGCACUGAAGGACCGGCGAAUGGAGAACCUGGUGGCGUAUGCACGCAAAGUCGAGGGUGACAUGUACGAGUCGGCUAACAGCAGGGAUGAGUAUUACCACUUUCUGGCCGAAAAAAUCUACAAGAUCCAGAAGGAACUGGAGGAGAAGAGACGCUCACGGCUCCAGAAACAGCCUGGCAUGGUGGGCCCAGCUGUGCCCCAACAGCCUGGUAUGGCUCAGCCCAAUGCUAUGGGCCCAGGACAGACUGUUCGACCACCCAAUGGACCUGUGCCCAUGCCCAACAUGCCAAAUCAGAUAAUGAACCGUAUGCCGGUGCCCCAAGGAAUCAAUCAGUUUAACCCAAUGGCAAUGCCGAAUGCACAGAUGUCUCAGGCAGCCAUGGGAGCACAUGCUCCCCCCCCCAUGAACCAUCCACAGCAGAUGAACAUGAGCUCCGUCCCAACGAUGGGCAUGUCCCCAUCAAGGGUAUCUCAGACUCAAGGGAUGAUGGGUGGUCAUGCCAAUAACAUGGUAUCUCAACCAACCAACCAGGGCCAGUUCCUCCAACAAGGCCAGUUCCCUGCAACUGCAGGUGGUGCAAUGAAUGUGAAUGUAGGCUUGGGCCAACCCAUAUCACAGGCUGCUGUCACACAGCAGCCACAGAACUCUAACCUCCCUCUGAAUGCACUGGGCUCUCUUGGCUCCCAGCUGCCCUGUGGCCCUACAGCUCAGCCCACCCUGGGUACCACUCCUCCACCCAAUUCCUCUGCCAGCCUGCAGCCUCACCAGCAGCUUCAGCAGCACCAUGUUCCCACGCAGGCCCAGGUGCCACCUCAGCCCUCCACCCCUGCCUCCACAGAUGGGCCCUCCUCCACCCCAACCCACAUACCCAGUAACCUCCCUGGUCCCCCCUCAGCCAUGAAUACACCGCCUGACCCCUCCCAGCCGCUCACACCCCUGCAGCCCCUACCUGAACACCCCAGCCAGAUGCAGCAGCCCACCUCCAUACAGGCACAGCACCCUAGCACACCGCUGUCCCAGGCAGCAGCAAGUAUAGACAACAGAGUGCCCACCCCGGGCUCCGUCGCUGAGCUGAGCUCCCAGCAGGCCCUGCCUGACUCAAGUGGCACUGAAGCCAAGACUGAAGUAAAAGAUGAAGAAGAAGACAGUAACUCUGGGAAGAAGCAGAUUGAUGUAAAAAUGGAGGAUGAUGAAACCAAACCUCCAGUGGUGAAGAAGGAGGAACCAGAUGCAACAGAGCCAAAGCAGGAACCAAUGGAAACUGAGGAGAAGAAGCCAGUGUUGAAGGCAGAACCCAAAGAAGAGGAAAGUGGGGCCAAUGGCACAUCAACCACCUCUAGCACCACUCAGAACCGCAAAAAAAUUUUCAAACCAGAGGAGCUGAGACAAGCUCUAAUGCCGACACUUGAGGCCCUCUACAGGCAAGACCCAGAGUCGCUGCCCUUCAGACAACCUGUGGACCCCAUGCUAUUGGGCAUCCCUGACUACUUUGACAUAGUGAAGAAUCCCAUUGACUUAUCCACCAUCAAGCGCAAGCUGGACACGGGUCAGUACCAGGAGCCAUGGCAGUAUGUGGAGGAUGUGUGGCUCAUGUUUAACAAUGCCUGGCUGUACAAUCGUAAAACAUCCCGCGUCUACAAGUACUGCACCAAACUGGCAGAAGUGUUUGAGUUGGAGAUUGACCCCGUCAUGCAGGGCCUGGGCUACUGCUGCGGCAGGAAGUAUGAGUACUCACCCCAGACACUGUGUUGCUAUGGCAAACAGUUGUGUACUAUCUCCCGGGAUGGCACCUACUACAGCUACCAGAACAGUUCACCCAAAUAUGGCCUUAUUGCUGACAGGUAUCACUUCUGUGAGAAGUGCUUCAAUGAAAUCCAGGGCAACAGUGUAACCCUGGGGGAUGACCCAGCACAGCCGCAGACCAUGAUAUCAAAAGAUCAGUUUGAGAAGAAGAAAAAUGACAUGCUGGACCCUGAACCGUUUGUUGAAUGCAAAGACUGUGGACGAAAGAUGCAUCAGAUCUGCGUGCUGCACUAUGAAGUCAUUUGGCCAUCGGGCUUUAUCUGUGACAACUGUCUGAAGAAGUCUAGCAAAACAAGAAAGGAAAACAAGUUUUCAGCCAAACGGCUGCAGUCUACAAGGUUGGGGACAUACAUUGAGGACAGAGUGAAUAAGUACUUGAAAAGGCAGAACCACCCGGAAGCUGGUGAGGUGUUUGUGCGAGUGGUAGCCAGCUCUGACAAAACUGUGGAGGUUAAGCCUGGCAUGAAGUCCAGGUUUGUAGACUCAGGCGAGAUGGUAGAGAGCUUCCCGUACAGAACUAAAGCACUUUUUGCAUUUGAGGAAAUAGAUGGUGUAGACGUUUGUUUCUUUGGCAUGCACGUACAGGAAUAUGGCUCGGAGUGUCCCUUUCCAAAUAAAAGGCGGGUUUACAUAUCAUACCUUGACAGUAUUCACUUCUUCAGACCACGCGUGCUGAGGACUGCAGUGUACCAUGAGAUCUUAAUAGGCUACCUGGAGUAUGUGAAGAAACUUGGAUAUGUGACAGGUCACAUCUGGGCCUGCCCACCCAGUGAAGGAGAUGACUACAUUUUCCACUGCCACCCUCCUGACCAGAAGAUUCCCAAGCCCAAGAGGCUCCAAGAGUGGUACAGAAAGAUGCUGGACAAGGCUUUUGCUGAGAGGAUUAUACAUGAUUACAAGGACAUUUUCAAGCAGGCAACAGAAGACAGGCUAACCAGUGCCAACGAGUUACCAUACUUUGAGGGUGACUUUUGGCCUAAUGUACUGGAAGAGAGCAUCAAGGAGCUAGAGCAAGAGGAGGAGGAAAGAAAAAAGGAGGAGAACACGGCCUCCUCUGAGAUGACAGAGGGAGCCCACGCUGACAGCAAGAAUGCCAAAAAGAAGAAUAACAAGAAAACCAACAAAAACAAGAGCAGCGUCAGCCGAGCCAAUAAGAAAAAGCCUGGGAUGCCGAAUGUAGCCAAUGAUCUGUCCCAGAAGCUCUACGCCACAAUGGAGAAGCAUAAAGAGGUAUUUUUUGUUAUCCACCUCCAUGCCGGUCCAGUCAUUAACACCCUUCCACCCAUCAUGGACCCCGACCCUCUGUUGACCUGUGACCUGAUGGAUGGCCGUGAUGCCUUCUUGACUUUGGCCAGGGACAAGCACUGGGAGUUCAGCUCUCUGAGAAGAUGCAAAUGGAGUACGAUGUGUAUGUUGGUGGAGCUGCACAACCAGGGCCAGGACCGCUUUGUGUACACUUGCAAUGAGUGCAAGCAUCAUGUGGAGACUCGCUGGCACUGUACUGUUUGUGAGGACUACGACCUAUGCAUUAACUGCUACAACACUAAGGGCCAUGAGCACCAGAUGGUGAAAUGGGGUCUGGGUAUCGAUGAUGACAACAGCCAGGGUGGGGAGGCUUCAAAGAGCCCUCAGGAGAGCCGGCGUCUCAGCAUUCAGCGCUGUAUUCAGUCCCUGGUCCAUGCCUGUCAGUGUCGCAAUGCCAAUUGCUCUUUGCCUUCAUGCCAGAAGAUGAAGAGAGUGGUUCAGCACACAAAGGGCUGCAAGCGCAAGACAAAUGGUGGCUGCCCUGUGUGCAAGCAGCUCAUUGCUUUAUGUUGUUAUCAUGCCAAGCACUGUCAGGAGAACAAGUGUCCUGUUCCCUUCUGUCUCAACAUCAAGCACAAACUCUGUCAGCAGCAGCUGCAGCACAGGCUGCAGCAGGCUCAAAUGAUGCGCCGCAGAAUGGCCACUAUGGCUGGAAGGGGUAUGCCCAUGCCAUCUCCACCUACCUCAGCAGCUCCCGACACCCCCAACUCAGUACAGCAGCCUAAAACACCCCAGACCCCCCAGCCCAUGCCCAGCCAACCCCAACAGCAGCAGCCACCAAACCCUGCCAAUAUUGCCCAAGGCUUCUCCAACAGUGGCCGAAACAGCCAGCCCCCAACACCAAUCCCACAGGGCAAACCAGGGCCUCUGUCCCCUCUUCAUCAACAGCAGUCACCUCUGCCUAACAUGCCACAGCAUGGCUGCCAACAGCAGCCUCAGCCUUUUUUUUGCCAGAAACAGCAGCCAUUGCUGGCAGCUCUGAAGAUGGCCAGGCAGAUUGAGAUGGCAACCAAGGCGAAGCAGCAGCAGCAGCAGCAGCAGCAGAAUUAUGCCAUGAAUGGAAUGCCCAUGAACCACUCACGAAUGAUGGGGCCCAUGCAGGGCCAGAUGCAGAUGAUGCAGGGACCACGGGGCCCCCAGGUGAUGCCAGCUAUGCAGCAGGGCUCAGGGAACUCCCAUGCCCCAGCAAGGCCAGCUCAUGCAGAGGCCCAUGAUGCCCCAACAGCAGGGUCUCCAAAUGCCUGGGGUCAUGCCUCCCCAGGGGCCUUCACAGCAGGGCAUGACACCACAGCAGCAAAACAUGCCCCGGGGAAUGCCUGGUAA